AUGUCCACCGUAGAAACCCAACAAUCUAUUGCUUUGGAAAUCUGUCCUCCAACGCCUCCUAAUCUGAAGGGACGAUUGAAAAUCGAAGAGAACGUGACCCUAAAGGAGGCUGAGGCGAGAGUGAGGGGCGUGGAGAGAGGAGGAUUCUGGGCGCUCCACUGUCGCUCCCGCUGGAGGGUAGCAGUCAUCGUGCCAUACAGAGAUAGGUUCUCUCAGAUUGGAGCUUUCAUGAACCACAUGCAUAGCUUCCUCCAAAGACAAGAGCUCAAUUACACAAUCUACAUCAUAGAGCAAGAAGGAGACGACCUGUUCAAUCGGGCGCGCCUUCUCAACGUGGGUUUCCUGGAGGCGCAGAAGGAGGGGCCGUGGGACUGCUUCGUCUUCCACGACAUCGACAUGCUGCCGGAGGACGAUCGUCACCUGUAUCACUGCUCGCAGCAACCGAGGCAUCUGGCCGUCGCCACUUCCAACCACAAGUACAGGUUGGUGUACUACAAGUACUUCGGCGGGGCGUGUCUCAUGGCGAGGGAACACGUCGAACUAGUUAAUGGCUGGAGUAACAUCUACUGGGGUUGGGGGGGAGAAGACGACGACAUGUGGAGGCGAAUUGACUUCUCUGAUAUGAGAAUCUGGAGGUACCACCACACUGUGGCCAGGUAUAAGACCAUCACCCAUCCUCCGCAGGUGCUCAAUGAAAACAGGUACAAAACUCUGAAACGAAACACUGGUCGGUAUUCAUACGACGGUCUGAAUAGCUUGAAGUACGAAGUUAGAUCUGUCAAGAGACGGCCCCUGUACACUCACAUCUUAGCUUAUGUUGGAUCGAGCGAGGAAAAGACGAUUUCGUAAAACGAAGCAGAGCCAGUGUGGACAGUUCGAUGCAAUCAACCUUCGGCCAUGAAGAGGUCUUCGAAAAUUAUAACAACUUUAAGUUUCGUGUAUAACUCUAUACCUUCAGAGUUAUGUACAGGGCUUAUCUAACAACACAUUGAGGUGAUAUAUUUCAGAAUAUCUCUAGUCUACUUUGUUUUGUUAUCGCAAUAUAUGAACUUUUGCUUAUUUUAUCUGAAAACCG